UCUUUAAUUUAUUUUCACAGUAAAUCAGCUGAUUAAUUAGAACAAUCGUGAACAAUAUAUAUUUAUAAUUUGUAUCACAAAUAAUUUAUAGAGAGAGGCCCUCUGCCAGCAAAGUUCAUUGUCAAUGGAGGUUAAUAAUGCAGAGAAAAGCAAAAUCAGUGUGGAUACAAAUGGAGCAAGAGCAGUCUUUGAUCGAUUUCAUAAUUCAGGGCCAGACUCCUACUUUUCCACAAACAAGCCUCAGAAUAGCUUCAAAGGCAGUGGAUUCUUGUCAUACAACCCAUUCUCGGACUGUCCGGUGCAAGACUGUGCACCACUGCCUUACACAGUUUGGCCAACUCCGGGAGAAGACUGUAAAUCAGUGAAUUGGCCUCAAGUCAUACCUAAUAACAGAAAUCUGGUAGAUGCAAGUAAUUGUGGGAGUGAGGCUGAUCUUUAUGGAUUAGUGUCCGACAUCUUGGAAGAACCAGAUUCAAUAGAACCAUACUCCUCAUAUGUCUCAGAGAAUAGGCUACCAUCUAGUCUGAAAGGUGUGUGGUCUCCAAAGUUAACAAGAGAAGAGAGGAUGCAUUACUUCAGUAAUGAGUCUGCAGGUAGAGAAUCUCAUCAGUGGGCUGAACUUCAGAAUUGUAAUGGUUUUGAUUCUUUUGCACUUCCCUGCAAUUUCUCCUCUUGUAAUGGAGAGGCUGACACAUAUUCUCCUCAAGAUCUUCCUCGCCCCCCAGGCCUGAACAUACCCCCAACUUUAAGCUCUAGCCUCUACCAGACCAGGGCUGGUAAACCUGAGUUUCUUACAACUGAGAAGGAUGAAGGAUACCGCAGCACCACUAACUGCCUGUCUGAUUAUAUAAACACAGUCAACAACUCUGGCUGCCCUCCACAAACAAUGGAUGACUCCUAUUUCAGUUCAUCUCAUGAAUUUUCAUCUGUGAGCAAAGAUAAACUGAAAAACACCCAAUCGUUCUCUGUGCAGGAUGUCAGUAAACUGGCCUUUCUCUUGGCAGAGCAGGAUAUGAACUAUUGCCGAGAAUCUACCCAGAAUGGGCUUUUUGCACAGAGGAAUCUUGAGGAAAUCAUGGCAGAGCAGAAGAGUCAUCCUUUUCAAAGGAUGUCGGAGCUUAUUACUCAAACACCAGAUUUUAAGAGAGAGGUGACACGCAACCAUAUGGAGCAAAGAAGAGCUAAAGUAGUGGAUAAAAAACAAAGUCAUUAUACUAUGCAUGAAUUUUCAGGGUUUGGGCCACCAAAUACUUUUUCUCCUACCAUCUUGCCUCCAGCCCUUCACCCAAACAAAGAAGCCAGCCUGAUAGGAAGCAGCACCGCCCAAACCAGUGUAAAGCAGUACCAGCCUAACCAGUUAAACCAUUACCAAAAACAAGCUACGAUUUCGGCAAAGACCAACAGCAACAAUGAAUCACAUGGUUUUGCAAAGCUCACAACCACAUCAGGGGCUGUUCCAUUGCUUCCUUCUCAGCAGUUGUUCCGGCCUGCAGCGAGAGUCCCAGCUGAUUUGAGUCAGGGGAACACAGUAAAUCUACAUGGUGCGAUAGGCCAGGUCAGUCUUGAGAAGUUAAGGAAGGGAGCAGGAAAUGUGGACAUUUCAGAUUUUGACCUCCAGCUAGAGAACAACAGGUUGUCGGCGGGCCUUAUGGUCGAUGGGUGUUUUUAUCAGCGAUUUAACACGAAACCCAAACUUCCCGGUUUCCCUAAAGAGACAGACACAAAACCAGGACUCCGUCAGUAUCCAUAUCAGGGGCUGGGCAGUUUGUAUGGAGGACAAAUGAGACACAAUGGAGCGAGUUCAAACUCAGCCAAAGCUACACCAUCACAACUUUUCCCAUUCCUAUACCAGAUGGGUGAUCCCAGAAAAAGCGCAUGCCACCCGAUUCAGUCACAGUCCCAGUUGCCCUACUGCUCUGUGCCCCUCAUCGACAUGAAUGAACAUCUGCCAGAUGGAGAUAAUUCACCCUUCAGCCCCUAUCUACAAGAAUGUAUUGGGCUAAGCCAAGCAUCCAGAGAUGGGUUGUUCUCCGAGUUUCUGUCGGACACGACUUUACCUAAGUUUGGCAAGGCAUUCGGAAGCCCCAACAGUCAGCUACACUUUUACCUGGAGGAAUGUUACGAGCAGUGGAGGAUGCUGGAAAAAGAGAGAAAGCAAGCAGAAGCUGUUCUUACAAAGACUUACCCAGGAAAACGCGUGUCUGUGGUGACCAGUAGUGUUUUACCCAAAAUGCCUCCAAACCCCUCCAGACUGGACCGCCUCAUUGUAGACCAGCUGCGCGAACAGGCCAGGGUGGCAAGUUUGCUAGGCAAGAUGGAACAGUUGCGCAGUUUUCCACUUCAUGCUAAUAUCGGCUCAGCAUUGGACAGGCAUCUUGAGGUCAUCUACAUCACUCAGGCACGCCGAAAGGACGAACUCAUCAGUGCUAACAGCAGACAGAGGCAGCCAGCAGCCUUCUUUAGAGAGGACAGGGGUUAG